AUGCUGCGCUCUGGGAGCGCAGACCGCACCCUGGCGACCAGCAACCGCCGGUUGUCGACAAAUAAUCCCUUCCGCACGGAUGCUGUGGCACAGGAAAGACAAAUUUACCAAAGUGAUGAGGAAUUUCAAAAAUGGGUUUCUGCAAACCGAGUGCACAGUCCGUACGGAUCGGCAGCAUCUGGCCAGCGGCCUUACUACAACAAAAGCUCUUCGUUGUUGAGUUUCACAGACAGCAUUGAGGAAGAGCCCCAAGCGAUUGCGCCACCACGCGUGGAUUCACCGCGCAGUCUUGGCGAUAUGCGCUCAAGCAUGACACCACCCCAUCGACCAACGUCUAAAAAUCCAUUUCUCGAAGACCUGACCCCUCAAUCUGGUGGUGACGACUCGUCGUCAGCGUCGUCGUCGUACCCUACUGCCCAGGAGGAAAAAGACCGUCUAAGACGCCGUUAUUUGGAACAAAGUACUGUGGACGACGAUCACCCAGCCAUGCCCUCUGAAGACCUGCCUCCUGCGUACGAUGAAGUUGCGGGCCCACAGAAGGACGCACCCCGUCCGCGUGAAAAAUCGAGCUCUGCUCACUACAACAGCUCGUCGUCCUCAAGGUCGCAUCGCCAUCGUUCAGAACGCUCCACAAAUAGUGGUCAUCAACCACAUCAUCGUAGCAGUCGUGAAGCAUCGUCUUCCGGGGGCACUAGAGUGUCUUCUAGCCAUCGCAAAUCCUCCAAGGACAAGAAAAAAUCCUCGUCCUCAUCCAAGCCACUGGCAAAAAACGUUGACACCAUCGAUAAGCUCGACGUCACGGGGCUUUUCGGCGGCGCUUUUCAUCAUGAUGGACCCUUUGAUGCGUGUACGCCGCAUCGUAACCGUAACCAAAAGGUGGCCCCUGUGAUGGCUUUCCCAGCAAACGGACCCAACUCGUCCAUUGCAGGUGCUGCCAACGCCAAAUCGCCAAUGAAAGAGGUUUUCGGUCAAGAGUCUGUUGACGACGAUGAUACCUACCUCUACGGUGGUGGCAAGCCUUAUCGCGGAGUGAACACGUCGUCAACAGCCACUUUAGAUGCCAUCAAACCCAACAGUCGAACAAUGACUCAGUUCGAUGCUAAGGCCAAAACGCAGCUAGUUCACGGCCCAACCACCGACGGUCUGGGCUCCACGACCUUUUUGGAUGGUGCUCCUGCUACUGGUGUUCAAAGCGGCUACAAUCGUCUACAUCCUCACGACGCAUACACCAACAACAAUGGCAAAGAACCUCUACAACUCACAAAGACACACUCUGGUCAUUUGGAGUACGAUCAAGACGAAGAUGAUGUCUACUUAGGUGGACGUGUGGACCCCGCAACGAAAAAGUCGGCUUCUGGAAACAAGUUCAUGAGGAGAGUGAAGAGUCUGAAAGUGGGUAGAAAAUCGUAA